ACACGCGUCGUUGACGCUACCAUGGAACCGAGGAGGUGGGGAAGUAGGGAAAAAAAACAAAUGACUAAACAGGUCAUAACUGCACUUUUCAUCUUCUUGGAAAACAGCAUAUAAUUUAUUAUUUCAAAAUAAGUCGAUAAAUCAUGACAAAAGUUAUAUAUGUUAAUGAGACUGCAUUUUAGUGUUUUUGGGAUUGUUGCACACCCCUCUAUCUUCCAAUGCCAGGAAGCUAUGAGGUUGAUACAAUUGGAGCAUCGAGUCGAGGCGGCGGCGGCGUGUGUUGCAGCGUCUCCACGGCUGGGUGGUUUGGCCGGCUCGUUGCUUAUAGGUGUUGGCGGGUCUGUUUGUGCUGUUUUUAUUUUAUUUUUGGAAAAAACACAGAAAUUGGUUGUUGGAGUGAACUAUGGCUCCUCCCAAGAAAGGAGAUCUGAUAGAGGAGGAGACUGAAUUGCUGCAAGUCAUUUCUGAAGGAAACGUUCAGGAGGCAGGAAGGUUGCUGGGUAGUAAAAAUGUCCGUGUCAACUGUUUGGAUCAGCAUGGAAUGACUCCUUUGAUGCAUGCUGCAUAUAAAGGAAAAGCUGAGAUGUGCAAACUGCUCCUGCAGCAUGGUGCAGAUGUAAAUUGCAAUGAACACGAGCAUGGUUAUACAGCUCUUAUGUUUGCUGGACUCUCAGGUAAUAAAGAGAUAACAAGGAUGAUGUUGGAAGCUGGAGCAGAAACAGAUGUUGUAAAUUCGGUUGGACGAACUGCAGCACAGAUGGCGGCCUUUGUUGGCCAGCAUGAUUGUGUAACUAUCAUCAACAAUUUCUUUUCUCGUGAAAGGCUGGAUUGCUACACGAAACCACAAGGACUUGACAAAGAACCCAAGCUUCCAGUCAAAUUAGCAGGGCCCUUGCACAAAAUCAUCAUAACGACAAACUUGCACCCUGUUGCGAUUGUGCUGAUGGUUAAGGAGAAUCCAUUGCUAGCAGAUGUUGAGGCACUGGGCAAGUGUUAUAGAGUGCUGGAUCUUAUAAUAGAAAAGUGCAUGAAACAGAGGGAAAUCAAUGAAGUACUGGCCAUGAAGAUGCAUUAUCUCAGCUACAUCUUCCAGAAGUGUAUCACAUUCUUAAAGGAACAUGAAUCUAAACUUGACGGGCUUAUUAAAAGCUUAUUAAAAGGACGGGAUACUGAUGGCUUCCCAAGUUACCAAGAGAAAUUUAUAAGAGAAUGUAUCCGGAAAUUUCCAUGGUGUGAAGCCACACUGUUACAACAGCUUGUGAGAACCAUUGCUCCAGUUGAAAUUGGUAAUGAUCCCACAGCUUUAUCUGUAAUGACCCAGAUCAUAACUGGCCAGGUUGGCUUUGUGGAUGCUGAAUUUUGCACAGCAUGUGGUGAAAAGGGAGCUGAUAAAAGGUGCUCAAUCUGCAAAACGGUGAUAUACUGCAAUCAAAAUUGUCAGAAAAUGCACUGGUUCACUCACAAAAAGGUUUGUAAGAAAUUGAAAGAAACAAGAGAAAAACAAGAAGCCAUGGAAAAAGUGAAGCAGAACGAAACAAAAGCAAACACCUCUGAAACCAGUAGAGUUGAGGCUGAAACUGUCCAAGAGCCUGCAGGGUCCUCUAACCCUCCACUCUCAACCUCUGAUAAUGGCUCAGGUUCUCGGGAUCUCAGCACAGGGGCCACAGCAGAAGUUAAAACUUCACAGGAAGAGAGCACAACAGAAGGAGAGGCCAUUUCUCCUGCAGACAUGCACACAGCUGAAGAAUAAAGUGGAGCUAAUGUAGCCCUGGCUUUUUUCCAACUUCUGUAGUGUAUGAAACAUAAUCCAACAUAUAUUUAUCAAGAAGGUCAUUGCUCCCACUGCAUGGCUGCAGUGAAAGACUAAAUUGUUCAUUGUGCAUUAAGAGAAUUAGUUGCUUUAAUUGUGAAUCCUAGCCUGUACCAAAGCCGCCUGCAAUCCUGAAGAGGCAGUAAGCUAAGCAACAAUGAGGUCAGCAGGAUUUGCUGUCAACUGUGCUUAAUUCAUUAAUUACAUCUGGAAUAGAAGGACCUUUCACUACUGAGAUAAAUCCAAAUAGUUUGAUCUAAAUUCUACCCAAGCCAGUGAAUGUAUAUUUGCAGUAACAUUUCAAAAUGUACAUCAAUUUGUGAAAAGUAGUGAGUAUGAAUUUAUUACUGAGCAGUUAAGAGCAAAAUAACCCUAAUAAUCUGCACAGUAAUUGUUUUCCUGUGACUAUCGUUCAAAGUUCUGAAGUUUGCCAAUCCUAAUGUAAGCAUUAGUUUCAGAAAUUUUGAUCCAAUGUUGAUGUUGAUUGUGUUUUCACUAGGUUAUUUUUCCACAGGAAAAGUCUUUCAUAAUUUCGUAUUGAAGAAAAUCAAUAGAUUUUGGAAACUGAUGUUCAAAUGCAUGUUACAAUAAAUUUGCAAUUUUUGUUCAACUUUUGGCCUCUUCUCUACCCUCCACAGCCCAGCCCAACCUAUAGAUAAAAUUACUUUAAGUAAAAUUCCAUUGAUAGAAUAUCUUUACUUUCUAACACAGAUGGUACAAUCAUUCAAAGGAUGUAACAAGGAUUUGAAUAUCACUGAAGUUAAACACAUUCUGCAUAUGUGGUAUUAUGGGACUUCAUCAGCAGUGGCAAAACCUUGUGCAAUGGAUAUUUCUUUAAUUCUUUUUGCUGCAGACUUGUACAUUCACCAAUGUGCCUCCUCUUGUCAAAAUGUAACUUGUUUUCUUUGCCACUUUAUGAUCAUUUAAUUGCUUAUUGAAUUCUAAAUUAAAGUAUGUUUAUUAAUGCCAUUAGACCCCAAACAUAAGCAAUUUCAGGUGAAAUGGACAUAUGAAGUAUCUUAAUUUUUUUAAGAGCUUUAGUACAAAGUACAGAGCUUGUUAUUUUCAGGCUUUGAUGCAACAGUAUCAGUAUUGAAGUAUUUGCCAAGCUUGCAGUAGGCAAUUAUUGGCUGUGUAGGAUAACACUUUAAUUGUUAAUUCUUUAAAAAGAACAGGCUUGAUUACCUUCCUGUUAAGAAUGUCGACUUUUCCAGGAUCUGCCAGAAUCCAUGUGGUAGGGAAUCCUUGUCUAUUUUUUCCCUUUUUGCUCCAGGAAGAUAUGACUCUGGAUAUGAAAGGAAUUUUACUUGGGAACCUUCUCUUUCAGAAUCCGUUUGCCCUCAUUUCAAUGUUUAAUUUUUCAAUUAAAUAUAUGCUAGUAGAUACUCUCCAAAUAAAACAAUUAUUUUAUGAGCAUGGUAACAUACAUGUGUUAGAUGAUACAGUGCCAAAGCUCUAUUUGUCAUUCAACUUGCCACGUAAGUUUGGUCUGCUUCUGUUCUGUGGUUGGUGUUUUCAAAGUAAUAAUUCUUGCAUCAGUUGCAGUAAAAACGCUGGAUAUUUUGGGCAGGCAGCCAACUACUGUCCUAAUAAAGCUUUCUUAACUUGGAUUUUGCUGUGUAGGCCCUACUACCUGCACUCACUGUGGAUGUUGCUUGAGCAUAUCCAGAAAGCUAAUCCUUUUGACUGAGACCAUACUGAAGCUGAACAGUGAGAUCCUACAUUGUGCCAGGUUUUGCAAUGUGAAUGAGAAAUGUGUUCUAGCCCUGCAAACAGAUCUCCUGAGGAAAAACUUUGGCUGGGCUUUCAGCUUUGCUGUCUGUCAAAUUUUUCAAGGUAUUUAGUGAUUAUGGAUGCCCUGGUAUAUUAAAAUAAACAAUUAAAAUUUAAAAAUUACAAAAGAAAUCAUUACCUAACAACAUUCAAGCACUGAAUUGAUUUAAAGUGUUACUGCAAACACAAAGUAAUAAAAAAUUCUCUGCAGCUGUAAGAUUGAGUGAAGGAUCCAAGACCAGAAUUCCCAGCUUAAAUGCUGGGAAAUUGCUGGUUGGGGCUCAGUCAGUAAAUUUGGGAUCUUUGGCAUUCACACUCCCUAUUGCCAGUAAUUAUGAGUUUAAGUGCCAGUAAUUUCAGGGCAAAAUCCAGAAAUAAAUGUAAGAAAAAAAAGACAAUUUUAUCAUUCAAUAACCUGGCUGGUUCCCAAUUUUAGAACUAUUUUCUUCUCUGAUUCACAUAACUCUUGAUUGCUUUAGAAUCCAAAAAUUGAUCGGCAUCGCCUUUUGAAGAAAAUUAAUGUAUCAACAGUCCCCUGAGGUGCAAAAUUUCAAAGAUUCACAACCCUUGUGAGUGAAGAAGAUUUCCUAAAAUGGCCAACCUUGCCCUGAGACAGGAACCUUGUUUUUUUUUCCUUUCCAGCUAGAAGAAACAGUGCAUAUUGCCAAUCUCUCUCAAAUUCUUAUGCUUCAUUUAAGAUUAUCUCACACUGUUAACUCAGAAGCAUAUAGACCUGUCCUACUCCAUCUCUCCUUGCAGGGUGAACACCUCAUCCCUAAAAAUAAUUUAAUUAACAUUCAUUGUACUGUCUCUGGCAAGUGUACUUGAGGUCUCACCAAAGCCCUGCACAACAGUAGCAAAACUUGCUUACUUUGCAUUUCAACCACCCUUGCAAUAAAAGCUUCUAUUUGAUUUGCUUGCCUAAGUACUUGCAGUACCUCCCCAGUUUUACGUACAAGGGCACCAAAGUUCCUCAAACUGCCAACAUUUAUUAAUUUCUCAACACUUAAGAAGUACAUUUUUCUAUUCAUAUCCAGCACAACUUUUCACCCACAUUAAACCCCAUUGAUCAACUUCAUCCCCACUUAACCUGCUGCUUCCUCAAAAUUUGCUUUUCCAUUUAAGAUCAGUACUAUUUUACACCUAACUGUUAAAGCAUUAACAGUAUUCCUCUAUUCAUUGUGAAGUAAAGCAAAUGAAUGUACUUGUGAUUCAGCCUUCUAGACAAUUUACUUUCCAUCGUGUGAUGUCUCCAGAAAUCAGAACCUGACUAAAAUUUCCAAUUUUAAUUCUGCCAUUGAAACAUUUUGAUGUUACUAUAGGAUUGAUUUCUAGAUUUUUUUUGUGGGAGGUAGUUAAACAAAAAGUAAAGGUGUUGGAAGCUCUGUUAACCUUUUUGAUUCCACAAUUUGACUGCUGAUCCUGGAUUUCAAUCUCUUGUGGCCUUGUUUUGGUUCAAGAUUCCUCAUUAGAAUUGGUUGUUACAAGUAUUUGUAUGCCCUUUAUGUAUUUGUACAUCAUCACUGUUUCAUGUGCAGCAAUAAUUGAAAGUUGUAGAGUAUUUGAUAUGCUGUGCAUGUUUCAUAUUUUAUAAUAAAACCUGA